CAGACGAGAUCUGGCAGCGCGAGGUUCUGCAGGGAGAAAGAAGGUCUGUGAGGUGUAUAGAGUUGUGCCGGUAUCAACUGUUUCUGCCGCGUGGCUGUUUGCUAAUUUUUUUUCUUCCUUUCGGCUUCCAAAUUCAGAAACUACAGUUUGAAGCGAAAACAAAAGCUAUUGGAACUUUCUGUUGUUGAUUGUCUUGAAACCUAAACCAUCACUAGUACAACAGCUGCAGCAGUAUAAAAUGUUUGAAGGAUCACAUCAUUCGGCGUUAGCUAGACAAAUUCGUCACGCUCUGAUCACCCUCGUCGUCCUCACCUUGACCUUGCACCUGGCCACCGCGCGCGCCUCCACCAGCCUGGAGUGCAACCCCCGCAGCGCCAAGAUGAGCUGUCUGAUGGGCUGUUUCGGCUGCUUCGAGGCCUUCGGUGUGGAGCUCUACGACAUGGCCGCAUGUUGCCGGGACUGCCGGCUGACCAACGCGGAGAUUAUCGACGACGGGCCGUCCCGAUGUUCACGAGACUACAUCCGCCGCAGCUGGCUCAAGCGUAUCGGGUGAA